UUGCAGGCUACGCUCGAAAGCAAGGCUAUUUUGGUCUAUUUUGAAAAACGGAUUUAGUAAAUUUAGAAGUAUAUAUGGAAGUAUAUAUGCGGUUGUUAUAUCGUGCAGUCAAUUGUUUGCCAAGUGUAAUCUUAGGAAAAAGUACAUAAGAGAAGUAUACUUCUUGCUGGACGAAUAUGAGCCGAAAUACCGAUUUUAAGCCGAAAUGACAUUUUGACAUUUGAUCAGAUUGAUUUUACCGAAAUUUGACAUUUUAACUGUUCUGAUAAUUGUUCUAUGUGACUCAAACAUUGUUGAAGAUGGGAAAGAAAAGAAAUAUUCAACCACCGCCAAUAAUGCCAGGACGGAUAAAAGUGGAAAUAAAAGAUGAAAUUGGGGAUAGCGAUGUUCUUGUAGCAAGGGAUCGUCUGAAGGGUGCUCUUCGAGAGUUGUUACAGCAUAGUGACACUGGUUCAUCGGGGGAAUCAGAUGACAGCCCUGUUUCAGAUUAUAAACAUCCCAUUAAAAAGAUGACAAAAUCCGUUAAUCUACAACAACCACGGAAAGUUAGACGUCGCCGACCAAUUCAAACUGAUCUGGCGUUUCAUCACACAUAUGUGAUGAAAUUAUUCGACCGUAGUGUUGAUUUAGCUCAGUUUCAAGAAGACACGCCGCUAUAUCCAAUAUGCCGUGCCUGGAUGGCUAAUCAACCAAGAAAUCCACAUUUGGUCCCUAAGAUACGUAGUCCAAGUCCAGAAGUAAUUAACGAAGUUAGCAUGGCAGAUAACUUAGUUGGUGCUGACGGUGAAAUAAAUGACGUUCAUUAUUUGCCACCUCCUUUGCCUCGUGAAGAAGCCAUACCGAGAAAUCGGAUUCCAUCUCCUAUACUUGGAGAGAAAGACGAUUUGAACUUAGAUUACGAGGGACAGACUCUCAAAACGCAAGAACAAUUAAUGAAGGAUCAUAGUGAACGGUGGAAUGCCAUACGCAAAAAAUGGCAUCGACAAGCACAUAAAAACGAACAACGUUACUUACAGAGUGCUACUAUACUUGGCACCAUUUUUACAAAGGCACAAUCGGAAUUUGAAUAGCAGAAAUGUGGCAGUCCAAUGACUGCCGGUUCUUCCGCCGCUGAUUCUACUCGUGGUAAUUUUUAUUAUAUAAUCAGGGAAUAAUAAUUCGUUUGCUAUCUUUCUAUACAUCUUCGUUGGUGAGUGAAUGCAGAAGUAAUUAUACUUAUGUCUUAUAUGAAUGCAGUUUUUUAUUUAUAAUGCCCAGAAGAAAAAUGUAAUCAUGUUUUAAUGAUAUUCCGAUAACAAAUUGUCUAAUCUUAUUAUUAAUACAAAAGGAAUUGUAACGCACUUGUAACCAUUUUUCUUUUAAUAAAAAUAAUGGAGCAUAGUAA